GAGAUUUCCCUACGAGACCUCCGUGUUUUCAACAUGGCAGGCAGUAAGUUGGUGCUGGAAGGGAGGAUAAGUGUAAUAAGCUUUCUCUUAGGGCUCGGGGUGAUUCUCAUCCCUCUGCUUGUGAAGUUCGGCUCCCACAUUGACUGGAUAUUCGAUUACCUCACUGAUGUGAACGGGAAAAUAGCCAUUGCCGUUUAUAUAUCAGUUAUCAACGGCUUCCUGCUGCUCAUAUACAAGGGUCCUCUGUACAGGGUUGCAGUGCGAGCUUGCUUUCUAGGCUUUACGUUCGGAUGUGGUCUGAUAAUAAGUUUGGGAGAAACGACAUGGACACAGUUUGGCUGGUACAUGUGUUCACUGUCAUUUUUCCACUACUCUGAGUACCUGGUCACAGCCAUCAUCAACCCGCGCAGUCUGUCUCUAGACUCCUUUCUGCUCAACCACAGUGUUGAGUACACUUUAGCAGCGGUUUCCUCCUGGAUGGAGUUUACUGUGGAGAAGCUGCUGGUUCCAGAGCUGAAGCAGCUGAACUGGAUCUGUUUCAUUGGGCUGCUAAUGGUAUUAUGUGGAGAAGGGCUGCGCAAGGCUGCUAUGCUGACAGCAGGAUCAAACUUCAACCAUAUAGUGCAGAAUGAGAAGGCCCAGACUCACGUGCUGGUCACUAGUGGUGUAUACGCAUUCUUCAGACAUCCAUCCUAUGUGGGCUGGUUCUACUGGAGCAUCGGUACUCAGAUAAUGCUGUUCAACCCAUUAUGCAUGUUGGCCUACACUCUGGCCAGUUGGCGGUUCUUCCGGGAGCGUGUUGAAGAGGAGGAGAUCUCGCUCAUCCAUUUCUUCGGAGAGGAUUACAUUGAAUACAAGAAGAAAGUUUCCACUGGCUUGCCCUUUAUCUCAGGCAUCAGGAUAAAUUCGUAAGACUGGGAUGGACACAGCGAGGGGAAACUUGGAAACCUCUAGAACACCUGGACACCUCUGACUGGCACUGUGAGCAAGCUGGUUACCCGGUGACCUUGUGGCUCCCCCCCUGCAGGAAUGGCCGGGGGAGUAAGGACACGGCACAGAGACACUGAGCUGCUGAUCUGUUCUGAGACACACAGCUAUCUGCUCUGAGCAGGGUGGAUCCCCUACCCCACAAACACAGCCACGAGUAUCCCAGCACUCUCCUACAUAACCCAUCUGUCUGUUCGGGCCACCUUUCAUACUGUCUCUGAUGCUACAUAUAAUAUUUCUUAUUUCUUACUUCUCAUAUCCAUUAUAAAUCAGUUUUACUGUACCUCUGCUUCAUAAUAUGGGUCCAUUAUCAUAUUCACUCAUUUCACGUAUAAUUUCAUGCCAAGUGUAUCCCUUUUAGUUCUAGUCUUAUCUGUUUGUUUGCUUUUAAAUGUAUUAAAAUCUGAAGUAUUUAAGAAUAUUGUCACUUUCGUGCAAUAACCUUGUAUCUCCAUUUUUUUAUGUCUGUUACUUUUUAAUAUUGUUGGACACUGGAAACUGUCCUGUAUAUUUUUUCCCAAUAUUAGAAUAAACCAGUAGAAAUAGUGAGUUGACAUUUUGGAGAUACAUGCUUUUUUUUUUUUGCAUGAAAAUGACAAUAUGAUUGAGUUUCUCGAGGGAAGUGAACUGCAGUGAGAUGGUAACUUUAAAUAGAACAAAUAGAACAAGUUAUAAGAUAAUCGACCUGGACUUAGAAUACCAAAUAUGUGGCAGAAAAAAAAUCUUUACUGUACAGAAAGGGUUGUUCUUUUUCUCUUAAAGCAGAAUGUUGAUUAUGGUAUUUCUAAACUUCUUUAAGAGGUAAAUAAAUAAUAGAUUCAGUAAUUAAAUAUUCAGUAAUGUUUUGAGACACGACUUGUAUGCCCUGAUCCACAGUAUACUAGCUAAUUUGAUAUUUUAGAGAUUCACACUUUUUUGUCUUUUUGUGGAUAGUGGAAAAGGGAGUUUUAUUUAAGUGUGUGUAAUUGCUUCGGAUAGGUGUUACAUUUUCUGGAGAUUUUGGAAUUUUUUAUGACUUGUCAAACACUGUUCUGUCAGUUUUAGGUGCACACUGUUUUAAAUGCUGAGUGCUGACAAUCUGUAAUAAAUGUAUGAUUCCUAAAUUAAGAAAGACA